ACUAACAUAGUGAGCCAUCGCCCUGCUAACGGUGUCAUGGCGGUUUGACUUGUUAUAAGUUUUUUUGCAAUAACUCAACAGUUAAUGUGCUUUUUAGCGAUUUGAUCUUUGAUUUUAACAAUUAGUAUCACGUGACACAAAACAAUCAAAAAUGCGCGAAUACAAAAUAGUGGUGUUAGGUAGCGGGGGCGUGGGAAAGUCCGCCCUGACAGUGCAAUUCGUACAAGGCAUCUUUGUGGAGAAAUAUGACCCCACCAUCGAAGACAGCUAUCGGAAACAGGUGGAGGUAGACGGGCUUCAGUGUAUGCUCGAGAUCCUAGACACGGCGGGCACAGAGCAGUUCACGGCGAUGAGGGAUUUGUAUAUGAAAAACGGGCAAGGGUUCGUGUUAGUGUACUCUAUCACGGCACAGUCGACGUUCAAUGACCUACAGGACCUGCGAGAGCAGAUCCUGCGGGUGAAGGACAAAGACGACGUGCCCAUGGUACUCGUGGGCAACAAGUGUGACUUGGAGGCGGAACGCGUGGUGGGCAAGGAGCAAGGCGCCAACCUGGCGCGCCACUUCAACUGCGCCUUCAUGGAGACCUCCGCGAAGGCCAAAAUCAACGUCAACGACGUGUUCUACGAUCUAGUGCGACAGAUCAAUAAGAAAACACCCAAUAUUAACAAGCCCCCAAAUAAAAAGAGAAUAUGUGUUCUUCUGUAAGUGUUGCGGGAGCCUCCAACGUGUCUAGAUAUAAAAUAUUUAAUGAUUUCAAAGACUUCUCGUACCCGGAUUUGGCUCUUGACAGUUCCCUAAAAUUAUGUAGGUGGGUCGUAGUACGGCCACUACCUGUAGCAUUUCGAGAAUGUGCAUUUGUUGAGCUGUAUCGUGAUCCAGUGUUAUGUGGGUGGGAUAUGCACAGCGUUGUAGAAGAUAUCACAGUUCCUACAUGUAGUUCUCAAUUGGCUUGGCUCCACUCUUGUUGAUAAACAUCCCAAAUAGAUAAUUCAACAAUUCUGUGUGUGUUUCAUUCGAGGAAUUCCAAUUGUAAAGUGUGGAUGCUGUAUGUUCAGAAGUUAAUUGUAAACAGUUAUCAAUUUGAUUCUGUUAAUAUUGUUCAAUGUGGGUCCAUUGUUUGGAGACCAUGGGGAG